UAUUUUAUUCUUUAAAAUAUAACUUAUUUCGCCCGUAUUUUUUUAAAAAUUUAAACUUAAUUUUAAGAAAAUAGUUUUCUUUAAUUAUGAAAAUUAGUGUAAAAGUUUUGCUUAAAAGUGCAUUUGGGACAAAUAGUUUUAUUCCGUCCGUCAAUUUAAGUUUUUGUUUCAUGCCCACCCAAGCUAAACCUGUGGCGUGCAUGCGUAGUGUUAAAAAAAGUUGGAUUGAGAAGAUUUCGAUUGGUGAAUCAAGUCAAACGAGAUCAAGUUUCAAUAUAUCUACCAUGAGUUCUAAGGAGAAUGAACUGGCUUAUGAGAAAUCGGAGGAGAUCUUCAAAGAUUGGGAGAAGUUAUUUAUGUCACUUAUACAGCAUAAGGCUGUUAAUGCUCUAGAUGAUGGAAAUGCACAAAAAGAGAAUGAAACGGAUAAUGAGACUGAAACAUGUGGCAACUCUAAGGAAGAGGUAUCCAACGGCGAGGCCGAAGGUCGCUGGGUUUUUGCUUUACGUCACGGUGAGCGCGUGGACCUGACCUACGGUUCCUGGAUCCCGUUCUGCUUCACCAACAAUGACACCUACGUCAGGAAGGACCUCAACAUGCCAGUGGAGUUGGCUCCGAGAGAGGGUGGCGCGGUGUCGUAUUCGCUGGACACUCCCCUGACCCGCGUGGGGGCCCUGCAGGCCUACCUCGUGGGAGAGGCCUUGAGGCUCGCGGGCAUCACACUCGGUAGUGUGUACGCCUCCUGCGCCCUCAGGUCCGUUGAGACUGCUCAUCAUCUGCUGAUGGGCCUUCAAGGUGAUCCGUCCGUCAAGAUAAAGGUGGAGCCUGGUCUCUUUGAAUAUAAGGACUGGAGUCUGAGCAGGGGAUUGGCUUUCAUGACGCCGUUAGAACUGCACAAGGCCGGAUUUAAUAUUGAUCUCAGCUACAAGCCGUACAUAGAUCUGAAUAUCAAAACCUCGGAGACGAUGGAGGAGCUCUACAAGAGACAUGAAUAUGUAAUGCAGUCAGCCGUUAAGGAUCCCAAUUACGAGGGUCAGAACCUGCUGUUCGUGGGUCACGCCAUCACUCUGGAGAUGACAGUGACGGCCUUGAAGUAUCUCAAUAAAGGUAACGCCAGCGAUCUGCCUCCGUAUAAAUUCGGCGACAACUUGAUGCGCGUGCCGUACUGUGCUUUGGGUGCUCUGAGGCAACGCCAGGGCAACUGGACCGUGGUCAAACCUCCCGUGCCGCCCAGCAUCAACACCAACUCCGCCCGCUACGACUGGAAGGAUCUGCUGGAAGUUGAGAAGAAAUAUGAGUAAUUUUCUGUCCACACAACAAUCUGACAGAUCAUUCUCAUAGUUUUUCAACAUGACUCUAACACUAUGCUUCAGCUAAAUAAUAUGUUAACCCGAACCCUUAAUAUGCAAUUUAGAAAUAUGUAAGUUCCUAAAGUGACGUGCCCGCAGCGUGAAUCUAUCUAAUUGAUUUCUAUUUUAAUUUCAUUAUAAUAUCCUUUUAUUUUUAUACUAUUUUUCUUUUUUUAUUAUUAUUAUUUUUAUUGCAUUUUUCUCAUGUAUCUUUCCUAUCAGACGGAUAAUGAUGGGAAAGAUAUUUUUAAUUUUAGUUUGUAAUGAACUGAGUGCCUCAUGUACUUCAUUUGACGAGAUGUAGACUGUUUAUUGUGAGAAAUAGAUUUAAUGAAUGUUUGCAAGAACAUAAUAUGUAAGGGAGAUAGGGAGCUGGUUAUGAGAGUAUUAAACUGAAUCUACCUCCAGGGAGGUCAUCCAUAAGGUGAUGACGGUUAUGACAAUUACUUUUAGUACAAAUAUAGUUAAUAUUUAAAAUAAGCCAUGCUAAGAAACGCUGCGUGUGCGCAGGCAGCGUUAUCGCAUUUUUAUAAACGACGUAAAGCCAAUUUUUUACGCUUCGUGUCUUUGUCCUCAUAAGGCGUAGUUUAAAUAAAGUGGAUGUUCUUGCAACUUUAGAAUUAGUGAAUAUUUGUUAUAGCGGAUUGUACGCGAGCAGCAACACUCCAUUAACGCAUAUAUUCAAAUUUUAAUUUUCUUUGUCUUUAUAGUUUUUAAAUAUUUUGGUAUCGUAAAAUGAAGCUGUGCCUCGGAUGUGAGAUGCUAAUAACUUUUAUUAUACCUUACAAUUAGAUAAUUAUUUGAAUGUCCCAUCAAUAUCUCAAGAACUAAAAGAUAUUUGUUGAGGUAAAUAAAUUUUUCAUGGCUCACAAUUCAACCCGGGCGCACGCUGCCAGCGGUAUUAAAAUCGACAAUAAACGUCUCUAAGAUUAAAUUUUUAUAUUUUUGACACUACA